AUGUCUCGCUCCGUUCAACUGGCGACAACCGCCGGCGAUCAGGCCGCCGCCGAUCCGGACAGUCUCCGGCUUCACCAGCUCGGCUACAAGCAGGAGCUCAAGCGUGGCCUCUCGACGCUGUCGAAUUUUGCCUUCUCGUUCGCCAACAUCUCCGUGCUGACGGGCGUCACGGCGACCUACAACACGGGGCUGCGAUACGGCGGGCCGGUGUCCAUGUCGCUGGGGUGGCUGCUGGUGGCGCUGUUCAACGGCUGCGUCGCCCUCUCCAUGGCCGAGAUCUGCUCCGCCUACCCUACCUCCGGUGGCCUCUACUACUGGAGCGCGAAGCUCGCCGGCAAGGAAUGGGCUUCCCUGGCUUCCUGGGUCACUGGCUGGUUCAAUAUUGUUGGACAGUGGGCAGCUAUCGCCAGCGUAGACUUCUCCCUGGCGCAGCUGCUGCAAGUGAUCAUCCUGCUUAGCACGGGAGGAGCCAGUGGCGGCGGUUACAUGGCUUCCAAGUAUGUCGUGUUGGUGAUUUGCGCCGUUAUGCUGAUCCUGCAUGGCAUCAUCAACAGCCUCCCUAUCCAGUGGCUAUCUUUCUUUGGCCAGAUCGGUGCCAUCUGGAAUGCUGCUGGUGUGUUUGUGCUUGUGAUCCUGAUCCCAUCAGUAGCAAAGGACAGGCCAAGUGUUGAGUUCGUGUUCACCCAUCUCAACACGGACAACGGCAUGGGGAUCCAUGACAAGGCUUACAUCUUUGCAGUGGGAUUACUGAUGAGCCAGUUCUCUGUACUCGGCUACGACACAUCUGCACACAUGGUUGAGGAGACAAAGAACGCAGAUCGGAGCGGGCCAGUUGGGAUCAUCACGUCGGUUGUUUGCGCGACGGUGUUUGGAUGGAUCUACCUGUUGGCUCUGACGUCCGCGGUGACGGACAUCCCGUACCUUCUCAGCCCCGACAACGACGCCGGCGGCUACGCCAUCGCACAAGCGCUGUACACCGCCUUCCACCGGAGAUACGGCAGCGGGGCUGGUGGCAUCGCCUGCCUGGGAGCCGUCGCCGUCGCCGUCUUCCUCUGCGGCAUCGCGUGCGUCACGAGCAACUCAAGGAUGGCGUACGCGUUCUCCAGGGACGGCGCGAUGCCGCUGUCGCGCGUAUGGCACCGGGUGAACAAGCACGACGUGCCUCUCAACGUCGUAUGGCUCGGCGUCGCCGUGGCGUUCGCGUUGGCUCUCACGUCGCUGGGGAGCCAGGUGGCGUUCCAGGCGAUGGGGUCGAUCGCGACGGUGGGGAUGUACAUCGCGUACGCGCUGCCGGUGUUCUUCCGCGUGACGACGGCUCGGCGAUCGUUCGUGCCGGGGCCGUUCCACCUCGGCAAGUAUGGCGUCGCCGUCGGCUGGGUCGGUGUCGUCUGGGUGGCCACCGUCACGGUGCUCUUCUCGCUGCCGGUGGCGUACCCGGUGGCCAACAAGGAGACGUUCAACUACACGCCUGUGGCCGUCGGCGGCGUGCUGCUGCUCAGCGUCGGCGCGUGGGUGCUCCGUGCCCGCUUCUGGUUCAAAGGGCCCAUCACCAACACCAGUGACGGCCCAGUUUGAAAGCGCUUGUAUGUAUGGGCUGCUGCUCAUGUGUUAUGGGCUAUGCCGUCAUUUAAUUUGAUUCAAAUGCCCAUGUCCUUGGUGAAAAAAUUGAAAUUUCAACGGUCAAAGAUUCACCUGAUUUUGUUGGAAAAGGCACAUACGU